AUUGACGCGGCUUAACAAUCAACAAAAUGCAAUGUCAAAAGAACUGCCAAGUUGCUUUCAGGUUGUCAUUUGUUAGGUUAUGUUUUGGGCAUAAAACCGCAGCAAUUAUCGUAUUUAGUAUACUUUAUCAAGUGCUUAAAUAAGAUGGCUAAGCAUCAUCCAGACUUAAUCUUCUGCAGGAAACAACCAGGCGUCGCUAUUGGUCGUUUAUGUGAGAAAUGCGACGGUAAAUGUGUAAUAUGCGAUUCAUACGUCCGGCCAUGCACUCUAGUACGAAUUUGCGAUGAGUGCAACUACGGCUCCUACCAGGGCCGAUGCGUGAUUUGCGGCGGGCCGGGAGUCUCCGACGCUUACUACUGUAAAGAAUGCACGAUACAGGAAAAAGAUAGAGAUGGAUGUCCAAAGAUUGUGAACUUGGGCAGUUCAAAGACAGAUCUGUUCUAUGAGAGAAAGAAAUAUGGUUUCAGAAGGCAUUAGCAUAAGUUAAACUAAAAUAGUGUUCAAAAUAAAAAUAAAAAACUAUGAGAAACUAUAUUUGAAAGUAAUGUUAAUUUAAUGAGUCUAAUUAUUUGCAGUUCUUGUGUUGGUGAAGAGUGUGAUGUCAAGACAUUUUCCAAUAAAUAGAUAACUAGCCUUUGUUGUUAUAAGGUCUAGGUUUGCUUUGCCAACAACUCAUGAAAUUGAAUACUGUAAAUGUUUAAAAGACUUUACCCAUUAAUUGACUGUGAAAAAAUAAUUGUCAUGUUAAAAGGUUGUCUGUGUUAUGUAUUUAGACUGGGCCUGGAAGUUCAGAGUUUGAUUCCCAGGCUGGGUAUUCAUUUAUUUCAAUUUUCUUACACUUGCAGUUAUACUUAUAAAAAUUUUGCAAAGCUAUGCAUAGUUGAAACACAAAUUUAUUUGUUCAGCUGUAAGUCAAAACCCACCAUCUUGCCUCUUUCCUUUUUGCUAACUAUCUGAAUGUUGUGUCAACUCAAAAUUGAAAGAAAAAA